CCCGUUUAGGUCGAUUAAUGGGGACUAUCGUAUAUGUUGCCUGUCUAAUGCAAAGUCCCGGGGAUUCGUAAAACUUUAGUACGAAUAGCCCACUUCUGCUGUGUAGGUCACUAAAUGGGCAACUUUGAAUAUCCGUCAUCAUUGUAUUACGGAUUACAAGACGUUUAAUAAUAUGCGUCUGGAAUAAAGACGAACUCCAUCUUUCCAAAUCUAUACUUAAUUGCUUUCGGUGAAACCUGUGUGACGAAUGUUUUAUUCUGUGCUGGAUCCCGUACUGUAACAAGAAAGCUUUUGCGUUCCUUUAUGACCCGUGUGUUUUUACGGUAAUCCUGGUAUAUCCCUUUCAUCUGUGUGUAUCACAGGGAAUAGUACCACAAACACUAAAUAUCCUGGGUUUUAUUCUUGUAGUAUUAAACAUAGUUUGAAGAGUGGUGUACUAAGGCCAGCAUAUCGGUAACAGGACAAUGUCUGACUGGGAAACAGUGACCAUACUUAGAAAGAAGCCUCCAAAGGCAUCAGCAAUGAAAUCUGAACAGGCUAUCAAUGCAGCCCGUCGCCAGGGUGUUGCAGUGGACACUCAGUCAAAAUGGGGAGCUGCUACAAACAAACAACACGUAACAACAAAGAACACAGCUAAGUUGGAUCGUGAGACUGAAGAAUUGAAACAUGAUAAAGUUCCUUUGGAUCUUGGACGUUUGAUUCAGCAGGGACGUCAAGCAAGAGGAUGGAGUCAGAAGGAACUUGCCACUGUACGACGCGGUUUGAUUUGUAGAAAGUUCAUGCUGAGUAAAACUGCGUGGAAAGGAACGGGGCAAACCUGCUCUGCCCCCUGGGACCAAGCAGUAAACCUGUCCCUGGGGGCAAGAAACUCCAUUUCUCUCUGUCCUUCAAAAGAUAAAUGCUGGAACUGCAGUAUCAUCUAUCAAGAUGAAAAUAUGAAUUUUGUGUCGUCUCUGCUGCAGUGGUACAUUCUGUAUGGUGGGGAAUUAACUUUUUGUUUGGAAUCAGUGGCACUUUCACUGCAUAACCUGAGCAAAAUUUUGAAUGGUUAGGUAAACAUACUGUAGGAGGUGUGCAUUUUUGAUGCAGUUAAAACCAAUUUUCUUAAUGACCGAGACAUUAUUUAUUUCCGUGGUCAUAUUUUCACUGCAGACUAGGUUAAGCAUUAUAGUGAUGUUAUUUCUUUAACGGAGACCAAGGCUUUGAAUACAACAGCAUUGCACUGCAGGGAGCAUGUUGACUGUUUAACAACUUUCUGUAUCGGUUAUGUUAUUUUAAACCUAAAGGUUGGGCAUGUGUUUUGGUUUGUUAAAAUUUCUUUUAACACACUUUGUGAAGAUUAUUUCCUGUUAUUGAUUUUAUGCUUGUGCAAGAAAUUCUGUGUUCUAAUUAUAUGGAAAUGGUUUCUA